GGAUGGAGACAAGACACGGGGACAAGAAGACGUGUCUGUGACUGUGAAGAACGUCCUGCUGUACAACCGUCCGUUGGAUAGCACUGAGAUUGACGCUUACAACCCGAAUAAAGCCUCCAUUCCAUCUCUGGUGAACACGACUAUUGAAGGAACCGUGUCCUCGUCUACUGCUGGACGACAACAGCAGGCGGGAAAGGAACCGUUAUUGGAGAGCAGUAUUGCAAACGGGGAGACGGCGGGAGGAAUGGAUGGGCAGGAGGAGGAGGUUAAUACGCAGGUCAGGGACGUAAAUGCUGCGGCACUCAACAGCGGCCUCGGAAAUGUGUCGCAGGGGAAUAACAGCGCUGCUGGCGCUUUGCGUGAGAGCAGACUGCUGCCAUCGCUGCUGCUUCUGUUGGGACUGUGGGGUUUUGCAGCUCUGUGA